AUCUCAAUUGGCUGAGUCAUGGCAGUCAAUGGAGACCAGCCAGAAUUACGCCAUAGCAAGGCCCAGGUUUUUUCACAUAAACACUCAUAGAAUCACUUCUUUUGGGUCAAUCGAGCUCUAAAGCACUAUUGACUAACGUAUUUCUACCCGAAUAGUCCCAAUUCUUAUCAGGUUGAGUCACUCUGAGAUUGAGCGACUUCAAUAUCAAAGUUUAAGACCCCGGGAGCGACCCCGGUCCGAUCUUUCUGUAUAACCUCUCACAAUUACAUCAGUACAGAUAUCGUGGAGAGACUUCGACAACCUCAUACGAUCAUGCCAGUUGCGACUAUGGCUGAAAGCACUGCUACACACGGCGAUUCUCGCAAACACUAUGAAAGAACGCAAUCACAGUCUGAGAACCCGUUCUCUGCCCUCAUUCCUGAGCAGCAGAUAGCGAUUGUUCCAGAAUUCACUCUCGAGUCCGGAGUUACACUCUAUAACCUACCGGUCGCUUAUACCACUCGCGGUAAACUCAAUGAAGAGGGCAACAAUGCCAUGGUAAUCUGUCAUGCUCUCACUGGAAGCGCCGAUGUGGGUGACUGGUGGGGUCCUCUACUUGGAGGUCCUGGCCGAGCUUUCGACACUUCAAGAUUCUUCAUUGUUUGUAUGAACAGUCUUGGCAGUCCUUAUGGUACUGCAAGCCCAGUAACUGCCAAGGACAAUGACCCAAGCAAGGGUCGAUAUGGACCCGAGUUCCCUCUAACCACCAUUCGAGAUGAUGUUAACCUUCACAAGCUCAUCCUUGAUGAUCUAGGCGUGAAGCAACUUGCUGCUGUUGUUGGGGGUUCUCUUGGUGGCAUGUUUGUGCUCGAGUGGGCAUACUUUGGCAAGGACUAUAUCCGAUGCAUCGUCCCUAUCGCGACCUCGAGUAGACAUAGCGCUUGGGGCAUUAGCUGGGGUGAAGCUCAACGACAGAGCAUCUACGCCGACCCCAAGUACGACGACGGAUAUUAUUCAUUCGAUGACCCCCCUUCCACUGGUCUGGGUGCGGCUCGUAUGUCUGCUCUGCUCACAUAUCGAAGUCGCAACUCUUUCGAGUCCAGAUUCGGACGCAACAUCCCCGACCCAUCCAAGGUCCAAACUAUUGGAGGUCGACCUCGACCCUCAACUCCCUCAGAGGCACAUUUCCACAUCCACAACGAUGGACAUGUUGUAAAGCGUACAUCCAUAUCUCGCCAGAACAGCACAACUGAUGCAGCCUCAACUGCUAAGUCACCUGCUGUGCCCGACAACGUAGCGGAUCCUCAGUUCCAUGGACCUACCAAUGGCAGUCUCACUGGAGGAGAGAUGCCUCAGUCACACUAUUUCUCUGCCCAGUCGUAUCUACGAUACCAGGGACGUAAGUUCGUUACGCGAUUCGACAGCAACUGCUACAUUGCCAUGACUCGUAAGUUGGACACGCAUGACGUGUCACGCAACCGAGCAGACACUAUCGCAGAUGCACUAGCCAUGAUCCAACAACCCACACUUGUUUUGGGCAUUGAGAGCGAUGGCCUCUUCACUUUUGCUGAGCAGGAGGAGAUCGCACAGCACGUACCUAAUGCACGUCUCGAGCGAAUCGAGAGCCCUGAGGGACACGAUGCAUUUUUGUUGCAGUUUGAGCAAGUCAACAACUACGUUCUCUCAUUUUUCAAGGAAGUCUUGCCUGAUAUCAUGUCCAAGGAUGGUGAAGCACCUGAGGAGGCCAGUGUUGGGCAAAUCACCAAGUCGAGCACAUUUGGAGAAGCUGAAGUUGAGGAUAUUACUGCUUGGUAGAUCGCGCUUGGAGUAAUGUCAAGAUGGCGCCUGAUGCCAUGCCACAGAAAAGAUUAGACAAGAAUGAAAAUCAUGAUGACGAGUUCGAAUAUGCACAAUUGUAUUGUUAAUGCGUUGUCCUCUAGCCGAGU